AGCACGAGUUUGUUUGCAGUAACGAUGCAGAUACAGUGUUUUUGCCGCAUUUGUACAGUACACAUAUACCCACCCCGCGUAAGUAUAUAUAUAUACCCACCUGGUAAUACUUGGCCAACACAUAAUUCAGAGAACAUGAGAAAAUGAAGUUCAACUGGUGUAAAUCAUGAAACACAAGUUAGCUAGAACAACUCUUUAAUUUGUAACCACCAAUUAACGCCCACUUGCAUUCGACGAAAUGCCUCCAAAGAAACCAACAGCGGUCCCGAAGAAAGCAACUCCCGCAAAGAAGACCGGUGCAAAUGGCGGCAGAAAAACAACUCCAGUUUCAUCUCAAAAGAAAGGCGCCACAUCAAGCAAGGAUGCAAAAGAUGUGACUGACAAGCUAGCCAAGAUGUCAACCACUGACGAACAGCCCAAGCCGGUCAUCAUCGAGAUCGAACUCAAAGAUCUCUCGGACGUACUCAAGGAUGAUGACGGGAAGAUCAAGUCGACAGGGAAAUGGCCGAUGAUCGUCGAUAGCGGCGGGAGAGCAGCGGUAUUUCUUCGUUACCAAGGAGGUAAUUGUUUGGACGCCAUCUCUCCGUCGGACAUGCAAGCAGAAACGAUAAGGAAACGUCUUAUUGGAUCAAUAAGAUAUGGCAAUAAUUUCACCAUCGACUUUGGGGGCUCUGAUAUGUUCAACUCGUGCAGAGAUAGGUUUGAAGAAAUCCACAAAGAUCUCAUGAAUGAUGUCUUGGACAAAUCAAUACUUGAGAAGUACGAGUACCUUAUCACUGAUGCGGAUGGACCAGAUUACGAGAAGGACAAGUUCUUACCUCACGUCACAUGUAACUUCCAGUUCAUCAUCCUCUCAAAGAUUGACCCCGCCCAAGACAUCAGGAACAAGUUUUGCAUCAUCAAGAUCAAGGAGUAAUGAGUAAGAUACGACAGGGCAUGGUAUCGGCUUGAUGAAUGUAUACAGCCAUGUGUCCCAGGAGAGAGCAGUAUUCGUUCCAAAAAGCUGUAGACACAUUCCUCGUAAGAAAAACAUCUCAAUUUGACUCAUCAUAACGAAUGCCUUCAGUUUUUUUUAAACCCUAUAGAAGAGUCGAAAGUCUGGAGGCUUCUUGUGUCCUAUUUUGACAGGAGAAAAGGUUUUGUGCAAAGACAAUAAUAGCAAUAAAGGCAAUUUUCAGAUAGAGUUAAGGUUACACGUGGUGUUUAUUGAUCAUCAUGGCCAAGAGCCUAUCACAUCCAAAUGUCGAUAACACAUGAUUUACAAAAGUUACAUAACACACUGGCAUUAUAUAAUUACUAAAAAAGUUCUAUUGUACAUUAAAGGCAAUCAAUUUGUAAAGAAAAUGAUCAUAUCCUGUAAGCUAUUUGCAUCCCAACAUUCCAACAAAUACCAUGAGGUUUGCAGUUUGCAGACCAACCACUUAAUUCUUGUUUUAGUUUCAGAAAUGUGUUUACAUAUUCUGUAAAAAUAUCUGGUCCUCAUGUACCAAGACUUCUUUCAUCUUAGGAUUGAGACGAAGAGUAAAGGAAUCCAACUUCUGAAUACAAGGCCCCCUAAAAAAAAAAAUCUUUUCUAUUAUUUAUAAUGGAUAAUCUUUUCUUUAGGGGCCAGCAAGUGUUUCAUGAUGAAACAUUGCUGAAUUCUCUUUUUUCACUGAUGAUCAACAUUGUUUACAGUAUACCUGAUUGUAUUUAUGUUAAGAUCAACAUGUCUCCCAUCAAACAAUUCGCCCCCAUUCACAUAUUUUUUUCUUUUUGACUUCUCCACCGGCGUCCUUGACUUUGUAGACGAUGGGUGUCCUUCCAAUAAGUCGGCUGAUGGAGAAUAUCUCUUCCGUCCACUUUGGAAGAUACCCUUUCCUGAAAACCUGCGUUGCUAUGGAAAGCCUCACGUGAUCUCCCAUUCGAAACUUUGCCUCCUUGGAACCCUUUUUAGGUAGGUCAGCGUACAACGUCAUCCAUACAUCCUUCUCAUUCGUUGCCUUAACCUCCGAGGGUGGGCGGCCGAUACUCGAGUGCUUGCGACGAUUGUAAGCUGAAACAAACUUUUGCAGUACAUUCGUGUAUUUGCGUGUGUUGUGACUGGUGAAGUACUUGAACAUCUUCUCUUUGAGGGUUCGGUUGAAUCUUUCUACUACGCUAGCUUUUGUUUCGUUCUGAGUAGUAAAGAAUACGAUGUCUUCUUCUUUCAACAUGCGCUGAGAGGGUUUGUUGAUAAAUUCCCCUCCUUUAUCAGAUUGUAGUUUGUAUGGCUUUCGGCCUUCUUUCAAGAUUUUCUGAAAGCCCUCAACAAGGGUCGCCGCUUUCUUGUCUUUGAGGGGUAAAACCCAAGCAUAUUUGGAGAAUAUGUCAAUACAGGUCAGGAGAUAUUUGAAUCCUUUAUUUUGUCGCGAGAGAGCCUGCAUAUCAACCAGGUCCACUUGCAACUGAUGAUCUAUGCCAUAGACGAUGACUCUGUUUCGUUUAAACCUUCUCCGUAGGGGUUUGUGAAGUGUGUAAGUCGAUUGUUCUGUCAACCAUUCCUUUAUGUCCGACCUCUUUAUAUUUUUGUUUUGUUUCCUUAGCUCGUGGUAAACAGCAUCUACAACACCAAAACCGGCAGGGUUUUCCGGAUCGUAAUACACCUUUUUUUAGGAUGUCCUCCAUCGGAUGAUUCGUGUAUAUUGAUGUUUCCUUUGCAGCAGGCCAAGGCACAUCGGACACGUUCCAACUGUAGCCUCAGUGACGGAGGCCAACAUCCCAUGUUGCUCGAGAACAGAAGUGUCAUGAAAUGAAUAAGAAAGUUGAAUACCGAUGUUUAUCAAUACUGGAUCCAGUCUGGGGAGGACUGUCUCUUGGGUCGACCUCUUUUCGUUGCAGGAAGGUGAUCCGCUCUAGCAAACACCUCCACGGUAUUCAAGUUGUCUGGUUUGUGAUCUUGAAAUUCUGUAGUUCGGGGAAGUAAGGAAUCGGUAGAAAUUUGUCGUUGCAUGAAGUUCCAUCUAUCUUGGUUUCCCACGAGCUCCCUCGGGGGAUGCAGAGUAGCCAUCACCCGUGCAAAUUCUUGCCAUCCUUUUGGAGAAAAACUCUUCCUCUUUCUCAACACAUCAUUGACUAGGUCGACAAUGUGCGUUCCUUCUAGCGCCUUGCCAUCCAACAAAAUUUCUCCCUUGUCAUUGAUAGCUAUGCGAUGAUCAGGUGCAGAUUGAAGGAGAUGCAUGAUUUGCCCUGCUUUCUGGACCAGUGUUUUAGGGACACUCUCUUUGACACGCUGCAUCCAGGGGGGGGGGUGGAAGGAGCGGUAUGAAGCGUUGCCUUUUCGUUUGACUUUGCAGACGUGAUCGCAGGAAGAUUAUUCCCCGGUACAUUCUCCACCUGUAGGGCUAUCGGUUCAUUGAGUUUGUGAUGUAGGUUGAUGUACCCCAUGAGGGCUUGCUGAUAGAGUUUCACUCUUUCAUCCUCUGGAAUGUCCUGCCUGCGUAAAAUAGUCUGCAUUUGCUCGUCUAAUCCGGCAAGACCUUUGAAGGUAGGAGCUACUCCAUGCUCGUGCGAAGCGUUAACAUGCUGAACGGUUUCGUGGGGUACCAGCACCAUUUUUUUGGCGUACUGCAUGGUGGUCGCUAUCCUUUUUUCUACGAUCUGAAUAUUUUAGCCAGGAUUGGAGCAAUCAAAAAUGGUAAAAAUCCACCUCUCUGGUUUACCAGCUUCUUUUUCUUUUUUUGAAGAGAGAUCUUUUUAUUACAAAGGCUUCUCAACUUGUGCUUAUGCUGACGAAGUUUAUUUUUUUCCACAACAGACAAAGGAACAGUGCCGUGAAGGAUAUUAAGUGCGCAUUCACAAAUUGUUUCAAUCAAAUCCUUUUUAGCACCUUGCAGUACACCUUUUCUUUGUGCCGGGGUUCCCCUAGCCAAGACGUGCAGGUAUGGAAUGUUGCUCUUUACACGGCGAGACAUGCCGAAUGAGUCUGUUGUUGCUUUCGCAAAGGUAUUUAUAUGUCAACUGAUGACCAUUCCAUUUUGCCCAACCUCUUUAUAGGGCAAACACAGUUAUUUCAUGACAUACACCACAUUUCUUUCUCCAGGGAAAAUAUUACUUCUUAACCGUAAUUUUUCAUCCGUGUCUGGUUUGAGGUCUACGAGGAGAUAGCCAUGAGGUCGACCCGUUGCAUCUUUAUAGGCUUCUUGCAGAAAUUUUCAAUUUUGCGGGUAAAUUUGUUUUGCCAAGUGGACAAUCUGAGAAGAGUCGCGUGGUUUUUUGAACAAGAUCAUGUAGUGGGCAUUGAGACUGAUGGUUCUACUUUCUUUUCCCUGAUGAAAUAGGUUCUGGCUUAUUAAAAUAACGGAAAGGUUGCGAUGAUGACUACCUUUAGUGAAAAGGUGCGACACCCUUUGAUCCUGAUUUGCCUGGGACAUUAAAUCAUCCAGAACAAUUAGAUUAGAUCGAGUUCCUGCGGUCAAAUAUCCCUUCCAAAUCCGAGGGAAUACCUUCCUGAAAUUCAAUGAAUGGCAUAUCCCUCGCCAUAUCAGCAUAACCCACCUGAUAUUCCCCAUAACACCAAAUGACUUUAUCAAAAGGUUUAUCCACCAAUUUUUCAUGAUGUUUGAGGAGUUUCCUCACAAAUUGAGUUUUACCGCACCCCGUCGGUCCUGCUAUGAGAGCUGUAAAUGGAUGUUUCAGGCGAACGUCCAUCCCACCAAAUGCCUACAACUUGUCAGAAUCACUCUCCUUUAUACAUGUACAUUCAGUCUCUCUGAUUUUUUGCGGUUCUUUUAUACAUCUCGUACUUUUUAUUUUUUGUAUAUAUAUUUUUUUUUAAGCAUUUACCUAUAACAUACUUAUUGCUUAUCAAACAUCGGCGAAAAGACCUCCCUCAUGCUCUCUCGCUUAUCGUGUCAUACACACUCCUUUUUAUGCACACAUUACAAUAAAAAGAGACGAUCGAUAACAAUGAA